AAAUGUCUUGGGCAUGUGAGCUAGAGGGGCUUGAGCCAGAAGGGAGGGCUCUUUUGACAGGGGUGGUGUCAGUGUGUAUAUAAGCUCUCAGCUGAGAGGCAGAUAGUAUGUUAGGAAAACAUUCUCUGAGAGAUCGUAGGUUUCUUCUCCUGCAGCCAGCAGCUCUCCAUUACAGCAACAGUCCUCUGCCUAAUCAUCACAGCAGCCAUGGCUGAGAGACGUAUUCCUUUCACUCUGCUCCGCACACCGAGCUGGGACCCAUUUCGUGACUGGCACCAGAGCAGCCGUAUCUUUGACCAGGCCUUUGGUAUGCCGGCUCUGCCAGAGGACUUUGUCACAUUCCCUACUACCCACUGGCCAGGGUACUUGCGGCCCUCCAUUCUGGCCCCAGACAUGGGCACCAUGAUGCCCCACUCUCCCAUGAUGUACCCUGGUGCCAUGUUGGCCCAGCAGGCUCGUGCCCUGUCUCGCCAGAUGAGCAGUGGCAUGUCAGAAGUCAAGCAGACCCAAGACAGCUGGAAAGUGUCCCUCGAUGUCAAUCACUUUUCGCCUGACGAGCUAGUGGUGAAGACCAAGGAUGGACUGGUGGAAAUCAAUGGCAAACAUGAGGAGAGGAAGGAUGAGCAAGGUUUUGUGUCCAGAAGCUUCACCAGGAAAUACACCCUCCCCCCGACAGCUGACAUUGAGAAGGUGACUUCCUCCCUGUCUCCUGAGGGGGUGCUAACCAUUGAGGCUCCUUUGAUCAGACCGGCCAUCGAGUCCUCACAGACCACAAUACCUGUCACCAUGGACAGCAAAGGUGGCGUGGUGAAGAAGUAGGAAGAAAACCAGCACAGUAUCUUCCAUACAAACACACAUUCAUAUAAGCACUUUAUUUCUACAAACUGCUUCUAGAAAGGUGAAGAAGCUUAUCAUGCUGACUAAGGCAAUCUUGUUCACACAAUUAAAAAUGGAAAGCAAGGGAUCGUCCUAGCUCUUCUUUCUGCCUCGUCUGUGAUAAUGGCCCAAUCCUAGCUCAGUGCACUGUGUUAAUCACAGUGACAGAUGCCUGCUCUUUCUGCUGUAAUUACACUCUUCAGGAAAUCUCAGCUUAGCCUCACUUUGCUUUCUCUCUUUAGUUCCCUCAUCCACACACACACACACACACACACACACACACACACACACACACACACACACACACCUUUUUUCAUUUUUUUUCAACAAAUACCCUAAAUGCUGCCCCUACAGACACAUUAAAUAACAGCAAAGUGGACUGUAAUAGCAGCGAUCUUGUAACUUAAGGAACGUACACACCACUCUAUGUGCAAAACAGAGCCUGUUAGCAAUCACUCUGUGGUUUCUCUGGACUGGAAAUAGACUGGUUUCAUCUGCAUUUGCCUUUGGAAACAAACUAUGCAGUCAUGCAAACAGAAAAUAAAGAACAA